AUGGGCUGGCCCUAUCGCUUCGUCACCCUCUCCGACGAGGAAAAGGCCCUCCGUCGCAAAGCCCUCGACACCUACGCCGCCAAAUCCCACCUGUCCCUCUUCCUCCCACCACUCCUCUUCCUCAUCAUCCGCCUCGUCCUGCUCGUCAUCGACCGCGUGCAGAGGAAGCAGCAGGCCCAGCAGGGAGGACGCUACCAGUCCGUCCCCGGCUCGCCCAUCGCCAAAGCCCAUCGUCUCGGGAACUGGGGUCUCCUGCGCGAGCGCGUCGUCAAGAUCGGGUGGUGGCUCGAGGAUGACAUCUUCCGCGGCGACGAGAGCUGGGGCCAGAGGGGCGAAUGGAUCCUAGGCCUCGGAUGGCUGGCCUGGCUACUCACACUGUGCGUCCUCGACACGGGCCACGACUUUCUCCAUCUCACCAAGCGCUUCGGCCUCGUCGCCUGCGCGCAGCUGCCGGGGCACUACCUCCUCUCGCUCAAGUCGCCCGUGAACCCGGUGGCGCUCGUGUUCCGCACGUCGCACGAAAGGUACAACCGGUACCAUCGCGUUCUGGGCCGGGUGCUGUACGUGCUCCUCGCGCUGCACGUGGCCUUUUACAACUACUAUCUGUGGACGAGCGGGAUAUGGCUCAAGCGCAUGCUGGCGCCCGUUGUCUUCGCAGGCGUCGUCGCCUCCAUGGGUCUCCACGUUCUGAGUGUCACCUCCAUGACGGCUGUAAGGCGGUACUCGUACCGCCUCUUCUUCAUUACGCACCUCGUCACGGCCUUGUCGCUGCCAACCUUGAUCUUCUUCCACGCCCCAAGCGCAAGGGUGUACCUCGUUGAAGCACUCGUCAUCUUCAUCUGCGACCUCGCUGCGCGCAAGCUGUAUACGACCCCCGCCACCUCCAAGUUGGAAAAGAUUCCUGGAACAGAUCUCGUCAAGAUCGUGGCGACGGUCCCGCACAACAAGAUGGCCAAGUUCCAGGCUCGCCCGGGCUCGCACGUCUAUAUCAAUCUCCCCGCUGCGUCACGCCCCUCCCAGAAAGCCCUAUCGCCCAAUUCCCUACUGUACGAGUUCAUCUUCAACCCCUUCACCGUCGCGUCCGUCCAGGAAGACGCCGGUACACUGACAUUGGUGGCACGGUCGCGGGACGGUCCCUUGACGCGGUAUCUCAGCACCCUGUCAUCCCUUGACAUCAACAUCGAAGGCCCGCACGGCGCGGCGGGCAAGUAUCUGCAUCGCACGCUCUCGGGCCAGUAUGACAGGAUACUGCUUCUAGCGGGUGGUGUGGGUGCCACUUUUACAGUCCCUGUCUACCGGGCCAUCCUCAAGGACAACCCGAGCGCAAAGGUCAGCAUGGUGUGGGCAAUCCGCUCCGCAGCAGAUGCCACAUGGGCACCCGAGGUGUUGACCGAUGACAAUGUGCAGUUGUUCCUCACGGGUGACAUGGGCCUAGCGCCCGGUUCGGAGCGGAGUGUCGCUGCCGAGUCGAUAGAGAUGUCGGGUAGGAAUAGGAAAAGACCUGAUGUGGGUAGAAUCGUGGAUGAAACUUUCAGCAAAGGCCGCGAGGAGAGUGUCGCCGUGCUCGUCUGUGGUCCAAAAUCCAUGAGCAAGGAAGCCCGACAAAGUGUAGGAGCCUGGGUGAUGAAGGGCCGCAAGGUGUGGUGGCACGACGAGGCGUUUGGUUGGUAG